AUGGAGGGGCUGGCCACGCUGCAGGGCAUGGACGAGGAGGUUCUCCUCGCGGUGAUGCGCCAGGUCAAGGAGCUCCAUGUGGUGACGGCUCUCGAGCUGAAGGAGCUCAUCAUGGAGGCGGACAAGUCGGCGAAGCUGGCCUGGCGGUUGGAGGGCUCCAGGGGGAACUCGGAGCUGAUGGCAGUGUGGCUCAAGCAGAAGUCUCGGAUGGGGCACGUGCAGUUCCACGACAUGCUGGAUCGGGAGAGAGCCAGAGUUGUGCCUCCCCCUGGAGCUGCAAAGUUGGCCAAGUGGCCCACCAGGUUGCAGAAGCUGGCGGGGGCCGCAGGCGAUGAUCCUCGGGCCAGGGAAUUGGCGGAGGAGUCUGAAAGAGCCCGGUGGUUGAAGGCCUUGGCUUGCGGGCUCUUCAAGGCGGGCGCUCCGGUGGCGUUGGACUUCGGGAAUUCAGAGGAGCUGGCCAAGUCCAAGAGGAUAGGUAAGGGGCGCCGUGCCUCGACUUUGAGGAAGCACGUCAGGACUUGGGAGCGCUACAUUGUAUGGCUUCAUGGAGCCUACGGCUUGAUGUGGCCUGUGCAGCCUUCUCACUUCGUGGGGUACCUGGAGGUGCGAGCAGCAGAACCUUGUGGGAAAUCAGUGCCAGGUAGCCUCCUCAAGACCCUCAUGUUCAUGGAGAUCGCUGCGGAGAUCCCGGUGGAUCAGAGGAUCUCCAAGCACCCGGCCUUGGUGAAUUGCAUGGAGGAGCUGGUCCUCUACCUGGCCCUGGAGCGGGCCGUGGUGGACAUGGAUCUGCCCAGGUACGUGAGAGGUUACGCUUGGUACAAGCUCUUGAAGCUCUGGGGCGGCAUGAGGUUCAAUGACACCCAGGGGAUCGAGGUGUCGAGCAUGAGGCUCACGGCCAAGGGCCUGGUGGCGGACAUCACGCAGAGCAAGACCACUGGUCCGGGCAAGGCCGUCACAAGGAUCAGUGUGUAUGUGGAUGGCGGAGAAGGCCAUCUUCUCCGGGAUCUCAAGGGCGAGAAACUCUUGCACGAAGGAGCAGGUGCACUAUGGACCGAGCGUAGCGAGAGGGCCACGGCUAGAUCGUGGGCGGCGGUGGCUGGCAUCGACGCGGAGGUCAAGAAGAAGCUUGGUCGGUGGAAGGCAUCAGUUGACGAGGACUAUGAGCGCACCACUCGGACCCAGGUGGAGCAGGCGCAGCGCAAGAUAGCGGCCUUUGUCAAGGUGAACAAGGGCCGCGUGGACCCCUUCGACGAGGAGUCCCUCCUGCAGAAGAUCGAGAACCGGAUGGGCGAGGAGGGGGUGGAUCUCGACCGGAGGGCCAGCAUCCUGCAGAGGCUAAGGUCGUUCAAGCCGCAUGUGGAGUCGGACGCGGAGUCUUCAAGCAAGCGGGCCAAGUUGGCGGAUGACAUGGUCAGCGUGGUGAUCGAUGGCUCCGACGAGGCCACUAGUUGUGUGGACUCCAGCGGCAGCGAGAAGGCCUACCCCCCCCUCGGGUCGCCCGAGAAGGCCGAGCCUACGGAUGAAGAAGAGGUGGUUGAGCUGGGAAAGAAAACAGCCUGCUACUACGUGAGCAUCGUCGGGCGGUCCAAAGUGAGGACCUUGCAUAGGCUGGGCAAGUGUCACCGAGUUCCAGGUGCUAGUGCCAUGGCCGGCAUUGACGAUGAAGCUCGGCAGGAUGAGCUGAUCUCUAAGCUGGACCCCGACUUCGCGGGCCUCCUUGAUGUGAAGGAGGUGGAGAAGAUCUUGAAGGCAAAGCUGGCCCUGCUGGGCAUCAAGACCAUCAGUCUGUUCUCGGCAGUGGCCGACUCCAGGGAGACCCUGAGAGAGUUCACCCAAGCAUCUUUGAGCUUGGAUCCUGCCCGCGUGCCAGAGAACAUCGUGAAGGUGGCGGCCAUGGUGGACACCUGGGAGUCUUGCCGGUCUCGAACAGAGGCCAGGCAUAAGGCGGAUGCGGAGGCGCUGCUCAACCAGAUACCACGGGCAGCUCCCAAGACCGAGGUGCAGGACCUGAGGGCCAAGUUUGAGCAAAGCCUGUGUGCUAUCGACGACCGUCAGAUGCCCUCGGUCAGCACCUUGGAGCUUCAGUUCGACCAGAUUGAGUCUGGCGAGUACAAGGUCCUCUCCCUCUCCCAGUACUUGUGCAAGGAUGACGCGGAGCAGGAGCUCAUGGGCGCCACCAUCGACAGGGCGACGGGGGCCAUCAAGAUCAAACGAGGCGCUCUGGAGAUCGCAAAGCCCAAGAACUCGGAGGAGCUGCGGUCCCGGCUACGUCUGGUCGCGCACACAUUCAUCUUGUGCCAGAUUCGCUAUCCUCAUCAGAAGGUGCUGCAAGGUGCAACCCCGGUGCAUUUUCAACGCUAUGCAGACCUGCUGCUUGGCGAGCACGUCUACAAUCUCAAGGCAAAGGACUCGGAAGGCAUAGUGGUGGCGCAACCGACCUUCCGCUUGCUGCUGAGUUACGAGUUCAACAUCCGGAAAGAAAUGGUCAAGAAGCUCAACAGCGGAACCCCUCUGGUUCAGGCUCUGGAGGCGGCCAUGGUGGACACCGCCAUCAAGGAGCGUUACUUCUUGACGCCAUGCGCCUAUGAGGCCCUGCACGUGCCGGGUCACGUCAAAACCAGGUCACGGUCGCGAGGCCGCGAGCAUCCACCAAGGGCUUGGAAGGAGUCGACCCCGGCCAAAGGCGGAAAGAACAAGUCCAAAGGCAAGAGCAAAGGGAAGCGGGGCCUCCACGACAAGACCCCGGACGGCCGCGAGAUCUGUUUCAAGUGGAACAAUCAAGGAUCCAGGUGCCGCUUUGACUGUGGGCGAGUGCACGCCUGCCAGAUUUGCUUCGGGAGCCAUCCGGCUCACGCCUGCAAGAAGGCCAAGGAUACAGUUGCAACAGCACAGGGCACAAAGCAGGCUCAUGGGCCACAGUUGAAGUUGCUGUACUUGUUUGCAGGUGCAGCCAGGAAGUCCUCAGUGGUGGAGCAGCUCAAAAGCAUGUGCGCCAAGGGCAUCAGCUUCCACGCCGAGGAGGUCGACAUCGAACGCUGUGAGUCUCAUGACCGCACCAACACCAGUUUGCAGAAGAGCCUCUUGGAGGUGCAGAUUGGCAACGAGCUCGCGCGCUUCACCUGCCAAAUGCUACAGACCAUUGUGGAAUGGCCCAGUAUGGAUAUGCAGGGCUUCUACGAGGGCCCACUUUUGCAACACUGCGGUUGCAAAUCCCACGUGCAACUGGUGAAGAAGCCCCUAGACACAGCCUUCAAGACCACCGGCACGGCUUGCUACCCUGAGAAGAUGGAUCAAGGCAUAGCCACCGCCGUGCUUGGGGCUUGGCAGAAGUUCUGCCCGCCCACAGCUUCCUGUCGGUUGGGCAAUGUGCUGCAGGCGGGCAUGAUUCGGAACGAGGGCACGGCCAUGGAGGCCAGCGAGGGCAUGGUUCGGAACGAGGGCGCGGCCAAGGUUCGGAACGAGGGCAAGGCCAUGGAGACCAACGAGGGCAUGGUUCGGAACGAGGGCAUGGCCAAGGAGGCCGUCGGCAACGAUGUGAAGGAGAAGAAGGGCGUCGGGGAAGCCUGGGUGGCCUACUACAAGGGCAAGAGCAGGAAAGACCGCCUGGAGGACCUGCCGCCAUCAGGCAGCCAGCUGCGGGCCAAGGUGAUGGAGCUCUUCUACGAAGCGAAGAAGCUUGACAGCUUCCUGGAGGCGAAGGGUUGCGAUCCUGGCAGGAAAGAAAGCGACCGGGUUUGCGAGGUGAACUUCAGAAGGUUGCACGCGGCCUUGGUCUGCAUCGACGACGUGGGCCGGGACUACCUCCUGGAGGUGCCGGCGGUCUUCGAGGAGAAGACCAAAUGGCCCCUGGAGGCGGUGGACGCUGAGCUGGAGGAGCAGAUCGCGGUGGAGUCGGAGAUGGAGAAAGGGAUGAUCUUGCGAAUGUCGCAGUCGGAGGCGGGGAAGGAGUUCAGCGGGAGGCUGGCAGUGGCGGCCCUAGGGGCUGUACCAAAAGAACUCGGGUCUGAGAAAGUCCGGCUGGUGCACGACGGUAGCUACUCGGUCGACAUCAGCCGGCGCAUACGGGUGCGUGACCGAGUUCGCUUCCCACUGCUGGACGACGCUGAUGCGGUCCUGAGGGGCGUCAAAGAAGACACCUCCGAAGGUCGGGACGUUCGCUUCUCCCUGACCUAUGACGUGGCACGCGCACACAGAUUGGUUCCCAUUGUCAAGCGGGACUGGGGACUGCAAGCUUUUCGGCUCGAUGGCUCCAGCGACAUCUAUGUGCACACCAGGGGCACCUUCGGCAUUGGUCGGCUGACGCACCGGCUGGCGACCAUGGAGCUUAGCCUCUACCACCUCCUCUAUGCGGAGUUGCCACUGACGUGGAAGAAGGUUAAAGGAGGCGUGGUGGUCCAGUGGAUCGGUUACGAGCUGGACGUCAAGAACUUUGUGAAGGGCAUCAGCCUCAAGAAGCAGGAGUGGAUAGUUGCCUGGGUGGAGAAGCGCCAAGCGGAAGGAGGUGUGGUUGGAAGGGACCUGAAGUCCGCCUUGGGGCGCUUGACCUUUGUGGCAGGGGCCCUGUCGCACGUGCGCCCAUUCUUGGGCGUCCUCUUCGCUUGGGCAGCGGUGUUGGCUAUGGGGACCUUUGCCUCUCUGCCAUCUGCGGUGGCCUUGGUCCUGCAGCUGAUCAAGAUGGAAGCCGAGGGGCAGGAGAUCGUGCUGGGCGGCUGGGAGUCGUGGAAGGGGCCCACUUCGACUGCCAGAUGGUUCUCGGUCCGCCUCAACCGCGAGAAUGCACUGUGGGCCUACGCCAAGGGCGAGCCGUUCAGGGCCAUCGCCUCUCUUGAGCUCACGGCGGUGCUCUUGGCCACCAUGAUCUUCGGCAGGGACGGUGGGCUGAGAGAGGCCGGCGUACACGGAGUGCUAUCGGGCUUCACAGACAGCGCGGUGUCGAUGUACGUCCUGGACAAGUACAUGAGCUGCUCUUUCCCGUUGUCGGUCAUCUUGAUGGAACUGUCCGUGCAAUUGGAAAAGCUGGAGGUCGACAUGAUGCUGCGCUGGAUUCCCCGUGAGCAGAACAUCGAAGCGGAUGCCUUGACGAAUUCGGCCUUUGAAGGGUUCGAUCCGGGCAAGCACAUAAACGUUCGGUUCGAGGACUUCAAGUUCGAGGUCCUCGAUCAGCUCAUGGGGGAAGCCCAGAAGAUGGACAGCGAGAUCCGCCUGGUGAAGAGCUCCAAGGAGCGCAAGACGAUCGCCUGGUCCGAGAAGAAGGCGGAGGACCAGGUGAAGAAGAGGAGGAAAGGGGAGACCAGGUGCCUGGUGAUGCAGGCACUGGCGCAAUCCACGAAAAGUGAGCGACUCGCAGAACGCUGCCUGCAGUGUUGA